AGUUUUAUUUUUGGAGUGGCCGCGGGCACGGUGGCUCGCUCCCUAAGGCUUCAGUUCACUUCAGGAUGAGUGGCCCUGUGGCACUCUGAGCCAGGAUUAACAAGCAGAGAGCAGUUUGUCCCGACAGCCGCUCGCCAAAGGAGUCUAAAAAUGUUAAUGGAAGUCGGCUACAGUAACGGGCUGGACCCUGACCUUUCCCAGCAGUAUCCUCCGCCCUUACUGCCAAAACCAGGCAAGGACAACGCAAGGCUUCAGAAACUCAAGAAGAAGAGAGCCAAGAAAAAAGGCAGCCUUUCUCAGACGCCAAUCCCCUUUCGCUCCUGUUUGUCACCUGUCAAUGAAGCGAGCACAGACCUCGAGCACAGUGACCAGUCCAGCCCACCAAGGACACCGGAUUCAGUCUACACUGCAGAUCCUUCAGUAUCCAGUUUCCCCUUUGACUCCUUCUACGAUCACUCUGCAUCUGCAUUUCCUCAUCCUCGGAGCAGCCCCUACGGCCAAACUGGCAGCUUCCCCCCUCAGUCCUACAUAGCUCAGAUCAGGACUUCUGAAGAGCAGGUGGCUCCGCUAUAUGAGUGCUCAACUUUUUUAUUCGAUGACGUGACUCCUUUCAUGAUGCCACCUUCAGCUUCAACACCCCCAUCACCACCUGAGCAGGUUUCAGCACCACCUCCUCCCUGUGCUUUAAAUUUAAACAUGACACCAAACUCCCAUGGGUCAGUCACAACAGUCCCUCCAGUCACUGUGUCGCAAUCCAGCACUAAAAUAUCAACUCAUAGGCUGACCCUAUCCCCAGCCGCCCCCAAUUGUGGCCCAGGUCCGGCUCCUUCUCAGGUUGCAGACCUACCUCCUCUUCCAGCGUUGCUAUCCGUUUCAGACACUCAGACACAACGUUUUAUUGCCAACCAGAGGGAGACAAAUGCCAGUUCAAAGGACAACCCUCAGAGCCAGAUGUCGUCUUGGACUGCCAGACCUACCAGUAAUGGCAACUUCCAGAUGUCGCCUGAGAUAACUGCCUCAAAAAUAUCACUUGUUGAAGCAGUUAAAGAGGCAAAGCCUGACACCCAACAAAGCAGGAUUUAUACAUCAAAGGCAACAUUUUAUGAGAUUUCUAAACCUCCCUCCAUCCAAGACCUCACAGUAAUAAACCCAACCUACCAGGGAGCAUCAUUAUCUGACGUAUACAGAAAGAAAACGCCUGUGUCAGUGGAGAAAACUGAUCAGAAACUGAAUGUGUCCACGACCCAAUGUGGAAGACCUAAGACUCCCUCUUCUACACCAGCUCGAGUAUCAACACCCUUUAUUGAAAUAUCCAAACCUAACCCACUUUUAUUUGCUGCUUUCAACUCCUCCAAAGGUCUAGAAGCUCCUGCAAUUCCCAAAGAGGCUCCAAGACAAAAACCAACAAUUCAAACCAGUGGUUUAAGUAAACCUCCAGCUUCCACAGAAGAACUGAAGUGGACUGAUGUUAAUCACAUUACUGCUAUCAAACAAGCCAGCAAUUACGAAGAGUUAGAGAUUCAAAAAACACAAAGGAGUACAAUAAAUCCAAGCUUUGCUAAUACUGAGCUGUACCCCAGAGAGAAAUUAGCAUCAAGUAUGACUGCACCUGACUCUGCUGUGGUCAAACCAACACUAAUAGAAUCAGUCAUCCCAAAACUACAAACAAUCCAAGUCUCUGAAAGUAAAGCUUCAUCUUUGCCAAAGGUCCCAUCAUUUUUAUCCACUGUACCAAAGACUUCAAAUCUCAACCCUACGCAAGUGAUUUCAAUGCAAGCACCAUCUCCAAGUCCAAGCCCUCUGUCGACCCCUUAUCGUCCUCCAGUGGUUGAUGCACGCAAGUCUUUGUCGUCACUAUUGGAGAGCCAAAUGUCAUUAGCGACCUCAAAGCCCAAAUCACGAUCAACAUAUUAUGGCCUUACUCCAUCUGAGUAUGCUGCCUACGGUGGGAUUAGGACUAUUUCAUCACAUCACAGCCCUGUACCCACCAGGGUUAGAGAAACCUCUUCAAAUAAAAUACAGUCAGAUGUAGCUGUAGAUGAAUCACACGUCUCAAUGUCUAAUGCAACGAAACUACUCAAUGGACAUCAGGAUCUUCCAUCUUCGAUGGAGGCUCCUGCUGCUAACAUUUUACAACCUCCAAGGGAUUCUGAGCUUCCAGCUGAACAGAUCGUCACACGUAGCAAAGAUGAGUUUGGGGAGAAUGUGUCUGAAGCUCAAAGUAUUGGAAUGCAAUCACUUAAAACAUCAAAGGUGGACACCAUAAAAUCUGAGCUUCCUCUUGACUUGGCACAGAAAACAAUGCAACAAUCCACAAGUGACGUAUCCACACCAAAAAGCUCUUUCUCUGAGGCUUCAAUACCAAUGUCUAAAGCAGGCCUCAGCCUCAGUCAAAGCUCCAUCCCCAAACAGAGGAACGUCACCGCCAUCUCAGCAAAAACCUGGACUCAAAGACAAGGACGUUCUGAGGACCAAAACUACAGCUGCACCGAUGGAAGCCCCGGCAGUCGAACCCUCCAUGAAGUCAGCGACAUCAACUGCAUCUUCAACUGCUGACAAGAAGACCGUUAAAGCAGACACAUCUUCUUCACCCACCGAGCCCAAAACAGCCCAGAAGCUGAAAGGCCUAAAGGGUAAGCUCAGCGGAUGGACACGGCUCAAGAAACACAUGGUCGUUGAGCCAGAGGAACUUACGUUUCCAGUGCCGAAGGCCAAAUCUCAGGUCGACUCCAGUGGCAGCAACGAGAAAACAGAUCGAGGUGGAGACGAUAAGUCUUCAGCAGACAAAUGUGGCAAU